AUGGACAAUUGCCCCAAGUGUAAUGUAAAAAAUAAAUAUCUUUAUUGGUGUCUUCAAUGCCUCUCCCAAUAUUUUCAAGCUGAGUUUUCUAACUGGUCAAGUGGUAAUCAAAUUAUAGACAAAUUUAUUCAAGAAAUUCAACUUAAUGCAACUGGAUGGGCGCAGUAUUUAGAGUGGAUUCCAUACAAAAGACUAGUUAAUGUCCAUUAUUUAGCAAAAGGAGGAUUUGGGAGUGUCUAUUCUGCAACAUGGCUGGAUGGUCCGAAAGCCUAUGAUCGAGGUUUGAUCGAAAUUUUUUGUAGAAAAGAAAACCAUCCUGUUGCUCUUAAAAGUAUUAAUCAUUCAGGACCAGCCAUGGAUGGAUUCUUUUCUGAGCUUAGCAUUUAUAUUGAAG